UCACAAUGUAUUACACUAAUCACUCACACUGAAACCCUAUUUUAUUUCGUUUAUUUUUAAUUUAAUUUUUUUUUUUGUUCUUUGAGGAUUCCCUCGUUGACCUUUAAACGUUUUCUCGUGUUUUUCUUUGUUAAUUGAUACCCCAAGGAUGAAGAUUGUUCAGCCUAAAAUGCCCAAGGUCCAUAAGACCUUCUCCAUACACUCCAAAUCUGCUUCAGUGACGAGCAUUGAGGAAAGGUUUCGGGAUAGUAUAGAUCCGGCGCAAAUAAAUCUUCUGCUCGAUCUCAAUGGAAAGUUUUUUUCCGAAUCCUAUGCCAUGGUCCAGACCCUGAGCGAACGCCAUCCCUUUUUGGCUAGCAAGAUUAAGAUGUAUGUGGACAUCCUCUCUAGACUCCAUGGGCACUAUGUCACCGAGGUGAACCAGGGAAAGUCAUUGGAAUUUAAGGUGAAAACGGCAGACGAAAAACUGGAGCUGGCUCUGCAGACUACAGCCACUUCGGAGGCGAUGAUGGAGCACCUGCGUGGUUCCCUAGAGGAGGCCUGGCGAAAAGAGGACGCAAACAAAAAUCGUGAGGAGACCAUGCAGAUCCAAUUGAUGUCGCUUGUGCGAAGUGACCAACCAAUGAAUAACAAGGACGUCCACGAGCAGAUCCCAUCCUCGGCCAAAGAUCUGCAACUUCGGAGCAUGGUCUUUCGGGAGCGUGAUCGACUGGCUGGCGAGUUGAAGGACUAUCAGAAGCGCCUGCAAACGAACCGACUUUACUCAGAGUCUCUGGAGGACAUGUUACAAGUAUCGAGAGAGAUCAUUAGCAAGCUUACUACGCGGGUAAAGAGUGUCGAGGGCGAGAACUUUCGGCUGCGGCACGCGAGUAAUGUGGAGCGGGAUAAGUUUGAGGAAAGAAUUUUGCAUCUCAACAAGGAACUGGCAUGUGUGCUGCAGCAAAAUCAGGAACUCUUAGUGUCCGAGAAGGCCACGACGGAACUGAUUACCGUAAACGAAGCACUGAGGCUUCGUAAUGAUAUUUUAAAGCGGGAGAACUAUAGCUUUUCAAAGUCCUUUCGCUUGCAGGAAGAUGAGAAGCACAAGCUGCAGGUAAGUCUCCGAGUGUGCGAGGGAUUCAAUGAUGCACAGAGACGGGAUAAUGCUGACCUUGAUGUGGCUCGUCGCACAGCCGAGCGAGAUGCCAAGAAGAAGGCGAAUGACUCGGCAAUCUUGGAGCGACGGUUCCACCAGUUGGCCAAGAAGAAUACAGAGCUUAUUGAUCAGGCUCUGGUGUAUCAAAAUGAAAUCAAGGUUCAAGAAAAGAAGAUUUUGGUGGCCACUUCUAAACUAGAUGAGGCUACCCGCCAGAAGGAAGAAAUUGCUAAAGCCCGGGACAAACUAAGAAUCGAGAUCACCCGCCUAAACGACAUUGUUGCAGGAGUGCGGCAUGAAAUUGCCGUUACUCGCAAUCAGAUGCAGGACCUGCAGGAAGAACUACAUCGAGCCAACAAACAGCUCGACGAGAAGGACGUGCAGGUAUUUAAAAUACAACGCGAAAAGAGGGAGCAGAGCAUGGAGCUCAAUGAACUUUACAAGAAGAUCGAUGGCAUCGAAGAGGCAUGUGCACUAAAGACUGAGCGAUUGGAGGAACUCCAAUUAACACUACAGCAAAAGCAGGCGGAUUUCGCAAACGCCAAGAAACAGAUGGAGAUCGUACACUCAGAGAAGGUAAUGCUGAUGAAGACGAUGGACAUGUGCUCCAGGGACCGCACUACGCUGCAGAACAAUAUGACCAAGUUAACGCACCAGAUCAACCAGAUGACUAGCUCGCUUGCCAUUAACGAGAAGGAGAUCUCAACCCUAAAGAACCAGAUUGAGCAGCUGAACCGUACUGUGAAGCAGAAGCAGAACGAGAUCCACGCCAAAGGUCGCCUGUUGGCAAGCACACGAAACGAUCUCAGGGAGAUGAAAAUCAGGGUAGAGCAAGCGCAGCACACUAUUGAUACCGAUGAGAAGCGCUUGAAAACCAUGUCCUGUGCCAUGGAUGAGGUUACUAAAGAAAAGAGUUUGGUUGGCUUGCAAAUGGUCAGGAGAAAUGAUGAAGUGCGCCUGCUGAGGGAGAAACUGGGCAUGAUGCAGAAGGCUAUCGAUCGGGGAACCCUACAGUACAACCAAAGGAUAGAGGACAUCCGAUUGCUUAAACUGGAGGUAGUCAAUUUGAGGUCAAGUCACGAAAUCAUGCAAAGAGAGGUGGGCGACAAGGCAGCUAUGCGCCAUAAUGUGAUUCGAUUGGAGCGGCAGCUCAACCAGGAGAGGCUUAGGGUAUCUGCCUACUCUGGGGAGCUGUCCCGCCCCUGUCGCAUCCAUCGCUGGCGAGUCAUGCUAGGAAAAGAUCCGCGUCGUUUCGAGUUGAUCCGCAAGAUUCAGCAUCUUCUAAAGCGUAAUAUUCGCCUAUCGGUGGAACGGGAAAACAAAGCCAAAGAACUGGCGGAUUUGGUGCGCUUGCACGAGGAUUUCAAGCGACAGAUUAGACAUCUUCCCGAUCCAAGUGUACGCCAGAAACUCUGCGUCCAGCAACGAAUCAAUCGUCGCCAGACCCGACAGCUAAAGGCCAUGAAAGCCGAACUAAGGAUCAACGAUAUUGAUCUUAAGGCCCGGGAAUGCCUAAUACAGGGUUUCCAAGAACAGCUGCGUCUACAUCACCAAAAGGAUCAAGAGCCUAUUGAUGUCAGAAAGAAUUUAAAGAUUCCCAUUGCUAAGACGAAGAACGAUGACUUCAUGGAUCACAUAUUCGAAUUGUCGUCCAACCGUGAAGAUGAAACUAUUUCAGCUAAGUGAUAUAUUGGAUAUAAGUUGUCCUCGACUCACAAUCGAAAAGGUAUCUUUUACACUUUCACUAAUUAAAAGAAAGAAAAAAAUCAUUUUAUAUAAAUAAUU